AAAUCAAAGCGGCUAGAGUUAGAUGCAGCCAGCGCGUGGUGCUGUGUGGAUCAGAGGUGUUUGCGGUUGGAUCCGUGCGUAGAUUCAGAGGAGAAACCGGGCGAAGAAGAGGAGAAAAGGGGACGGGACAAUGCCGUUUCAUAUCGUCUUUGCUGGAAAAAUGAGUCUUCAGUCAUAGGGCAUGCCGCAUAGAUUUGAUAAUAAUCACCGGUAGUGGUUCGAUUAUUGCCAUCUUUAUUUCCGAUUCAGCUCUCGUGCGUAUCCCGCCGGCAUCUCAGGGACAUAUUACAGUUUGCUGUAGGCUACAUUGUCUUAUAUCAUAGGCUACUAUUUUUGAUGCAGGCCGCUGUUAAUUAUACAUUUUAAUUAUUUAUUUUUUUACAUAGGCUAAUCGUUUUUUUUCUGCAGCUGGGUCAUCCUGAUGCUUUUGACUGAAUAUUUAAUGGUUCCCUGGAUGUGACCGUAUAAUCUUUUAUUUGGCCGCCGCAUGAAUUCUCCCACCGGAUCCUUGCCGGUGUACGCUGCUGUCCUCCUCCUCCUCCACCACCUCCUCCUCCUCCUCCUCCUCCUGCUCAGACGGCCGAUUCUCGCAGAGGGCACUACCCUCCUCCCUGCCACUAAAGACAUUUUGAUCGUCCUCCCCGGUUCCCCCCACCCGGAAUCCUCGACCAUCACUCCGCCUGCCUCCUCUUCCUCCACCACCACCACCACCACCACCUCCUCCUCAGUAACAUGUCGGGACAGUCUUUGACGGACCGGAUCGCCGCGGCGCAGCACAGCAUGACCGGGUCUGCCAUCAGCAAAGCCGUCUGCAAGGCCACGACGCACGAAGUCAGCGGACCCAAGAAGAAGCACCUUGACUACCUGAUCCACUGCACCAAUGAGCUGAACGUCAGCAUCCCCCACCUGGCAGACACACUGCUGGAGCGCACGGCCAGCAACAGCUGGAUAGUGGUUUUCAAAGCGCUCAUCACCACACACCACCUCAUGAUGUACGGCAACGAGAGAUUGAUGCAGUACCUUGCCUCCAGAAACACGCUCUUCAACCUCAACAACUUUCUAGAUAAGGCUGCACUACAAGGAUAUAACAUGUCAACUUUCAUCAGACGCUACAGCCGCUACCUGAAUGAAAAAGCCAUGUCUUACAGACUAGCAGCAGUGGACUUCACCAAGAUGAAGAGAGGAGCUGAUGGCGUGAUGCGCACCAUGACCACAGAGAAGCUGAUCAAGACUCUGCCAAUCAUCCAAAACCAGCUGGACGCACUGCUGGAUUUCCAGCCUAACUCCAACGAGCUAACCAAUGGAGUGAUAAACACAGCCUUCAUGUUGCUGUUUAAAGACUCCAUACGGUUGUUUGCUGCUUACAACGAAGGGGUCAUCAACAUGCUGGAGAAAUACUUUGACAUGAAGAAGAACCAGUGCAAAGAAGCUUUGGAGAUCUACAAGACUUUCCUCAACAGGAUGACCAAACUGUCUGAGUUUCUCAAAGUGGCAGAGUCAACAUUACGAGUUGGGAUAGAUCAGGGCGACAGCCCCGAUCUCACACAGGCUCCCAGCUCUCUCCUGGAGGCUCUGGAGCAGCAUCUAGCCUCUCUGGAGGGCAGGAAGCUCAAGGACCUCUCCGCAGCAAGCAGAUCCAACACCUUGUCCAGUGCAGUGUCCUCUCUCUCCAGCACUGGGAUCUCUCUCAGCCGCAUGGACGACAAGACAGAAGACAACAGACUGCAGCAACACAAGGAGGACAGUCAUAAGGGGAUCGAUAUUCAGACACCCAAUGUGUCACCCAGCACCCAGUCAGUGGGCAGUGCCAACAGCAGCGGAGGGGCCACAGAACUCUUCUGCAAUUCAUCAAUCGUACCAGUCAGCAACCAUGUGCCAAACCUGACCAGUGAGCUGUUCACCCUGCAGCCUAACUACACCCCGAUCCAGACCACACACACUGUGCCCAACAACAACAAUGCCUGGGGAGGCGACCUGCUAAAGCCAGCCCAACCCGCUCAUAUUCACAGCCCUGGAGUCCAGUUGCACUCUGGGAAAAUGCUGCCCAAUGAUUUGGACUCUUCAUUAGCCAACCUCGUUGGUAAUCUGCAGUUUGGGGGGAUGCAAGCUAAGAAGCCGGAGCUCCAGUGGAGUCAACUGGUGGAGAAGAAGCCAACAGGAGGCGGCUGGCAGUCAAAGACCAUGUGCACCAGCACCAACUGGACUCACACCACCCAUCCCAUGGCACCUGCACCCAUGCAAGUCCCUCAGAUGAAUGGGAUGAUCUAUACUGGCUACGCUCCCGCACCAGUGGCUUUUCCUAUGACGACACCCCAAGUGCCUAUGUAUGGAAUGCUCCCUCCUCAGAUGAGUCAUCAGAUGGGGGGCGUUCCCAUGAUGGCCCCGCAGACUGUCAUGUACAACCAGCCUGUCCUGAGACCCACCAACCCCUUUGGACCCAUGCCGGGGACACAGAUGCACUUCAUGUAGGGAUGAUGUUGUAACCAUGGCAGCAAAGCCAAGAGAGAGAAGGCGAGAGGAAAGAGAUGGAAAGAGAAAGAGCUGAAGAAAACGAAUCCAGAACCAAAUCCAGUGCUGGAGGAAGAAAGAGGAAGACGGAGAAGAAAAGGGGGAGGGGAGAGGAAGAAGGAGAGAGGACCAGAGGACGGAUAAAAGAUGAAAUGCUGUAUCAGUUUCCAUGUAGCCUCAACAUCUAAUCUCCUCUCCUCUCUCCAUGUGGCUACUGAUCUCUCUGUCUGUUAAUGGGGUACCAGAGGCUCCGCAUCAAUCCCACUCAUCCUCUGUUUGAUUUGCCAAUUCAGACGGCGAUUAUGACCUGCGAUGACAGCUCUGUGGAAGUGCAGAGGCUCUACUGCCACUUCCCGACCUCCUCAUCCUGAUGAUUUCCUGUAUAAAAACAUACCCACUUCAAACUCGGAGGACACGCGCCUCUUUCUCUGAUUGGAUUGUUUGCUGGCACUUUACUCAUUGUGAACUUUGCCAAGGGUGUAUGUCUGUGUAGGUGAUUUUAGCGUCUUGUUCAGAUUGGUUCCCCGUUGUGUGUCAUUCAUCACCUGAUGUCAGAAGUAAUCGAUUUGAAUGUGUGUGUGUGUGUGUGUGUGUGUGUGUGUGUGUGCGUGUUUUCCUUUUUCUACAUUUCAAUGUGCUGCAUCGACAUUACCGUUUUGAGUCUUUUUAUGAGCUCCAUUUGUUCUUAAUUGCCAACUUCACAUCCAAAAUCCCACGUGGAGCGAUACUCUGUGGGUGCGCUUGUGAGUGUGUGGAUGGACGUGGCUGUCGAGGGUGUGUACUGUAUGUGUUUCUCUUUUGGUACCUGAUGUCAUUGCUGUGUUGCCAGGUACCAACGUGUUACUGCACUGGAACUAACUGAUGAAAGCACUGAGCCAGAUCCAGGCAUCGCAUUUGGAUGUAAACAAACCUCUUACACUAACUUUGCUACUUGGGGUCGGGCUGUACACACUGUGUAUUUUGUUCAUUUACCCCCCCCCCCCCCCUCCACAGCUGCGCAAUAUCAUGCAAUCUCGUUACCGUCUGUCCCACCACAUCUGUAGGCUGUUUAGAAAGCUGUUUCCUGCUGUUGUGUUGUUGUGUGUCCACAUCAGGUUUCUGUACAGAAUGCCGUUUUACUAACCUGUUCUGUUUUACACGUACUGCUCUAAAAGUAGUGACAAAUGCACUGAGAGCCAGACAGAGAGUUGACUGGAUGUUAGGACGGCGGUGUUUCUCAACUCCCAACUGUAUGAUUUCCUCCCUGUCCUGCAUUCGUCCUGUUCAGAAUGAGUCUCCCGCGAUGUCCUUCACACUCCAGAAAAACUGGAUAAGGGGAAUUACUGCAGCGGACGUCUCACCUCCAGUAAUCAAAGACACUGCAACCACAGAGAGGGCUUUGCUAAUGUAAUGUUAACGUUUAUGGACAGGACAGCUAAAGGUCAGUCGGAGGAGUCAAACGAGGACCAGACCACCGUAAAGCGACCGAGGGCAAUGUCCGUUGAUCACGACCCGAGUAAUGCAGUGACGACACACAGAUUAAUUCAGACAGCCAGACAUGGGAGGCUUUAAUGAGACGUUAAAUGUUAAUGUGGCUUUUCUGGCAGACCCAAGGUCAAGUUAGACCCACAGACAGACGACAUACAUUUAUAUAUAUAUAGCACAAACCUUCGAAGAGGGGACCACGCUCUGCUGCACAAAAACCUAAAAUCAUUGCUGGGAUGUACAGUUGAAAGGGGCAAUAAUCGAUUGGGGAUGAAGUCGUUUUCUAUUGAUUGUGUCUGUUCUAUGUACAUGUGCUGUAUGUGUGUGUUUGUGUGCACAUGCCUUCCCAUAGAGACAAACAGGGUCGAGCUCCUCGGUUAGAGACGAAAGGUCUCUAGUGAGCUGGUAGUGUGCACAACUUAGCAGUGAGUGUUAUUGUGGCCGUGUCUCAGUCUGUACAACCCCACAUCAAAUUAAGGUGGUUCCAAGGAUCACUCGUCAAAAAAAAAGGCCCCGAAAUCAUCGGCCCUGGAAUCUCAAAAGUGAAUCGGAGAGCCGGAGCUUGCACACGCUUGUGAUACCUAACAAAAACCGUCAGAGAAUUGCAACUGUAUGGUGGCGUAUGGUUCGGAUUCAACCUUGAACUGUAACUGUUGGCUACGCAAAAGACCAAUCACCCUGCAGCUACGACUCUACGACCAGCAGAGAGAGACUUCAGUUAGAAAUCGUCACCAAGCAGGCAGAUAUUCUCUGAGGUUUCUCAACAAGAGGCCAGCUGACAAAGAAAAUUGUCGUUUCACUCUCUACCGUUACUCCUCAUCCCAGUGGUUUGUCUUUCUCAAGUCAGCUGAAUGCUCUUUUCACUGUGCACUUCACUCCCACGACGCAGCUCUGUCCAUCCUGGGCCAACCUCUGACUGUUACUGUGUCCUCUGUAUAUAGGAAAUGCCGUUCGUGUGUUUUUAGACGUGCUCUCUCUGUAAAAGUGAUCGAAGCCCCAUUGGAUGACGUACUGUACGUGGGACAAUUUAUUGCUGUAUCUGUGUUUGAAUGGUUGUAUUUUGAAGGUGUCAUCAUCCAGGGAUGUGCGGGAGGGUGGGUUUGAUGUUUGUGAUGUUUGUGUCCAUCUCGAGGAGGAAGUGGGCGGGGUCGAGGGGAGAUGGGAGGUCAUGGGUAAACUAUCACAACUGGUCUAUACCAAGAGUGUCUUCAUCGAGGAAGUGGACAGGACAGGGUCUGUCCUCUUCGAAACAGGAACAUUUUUUUGCACCAAAGUCAUCAUCAAAGCGCAGCUUCUUCUUAUUCAAGGCCACUACGGAUGGAUGAUAUCAGAACUCAAAAGAUUUUUUGUGUUCUUUUAUUUUUUAGAGACAAAGAACUUGUCUUCUUUUGCAUGAUUAAGUGUCGUCUUUUUAUUGGCUCGUGUGCCCGGUAAAAGCAUGACCAUUGUGUGAACUCUCACUUACCGGUGUGUUUGGAAAAUGUUAAGGAAAUUUCUCCAUGAGAUUUUUUUACUUACCUCUUGACAUGAACGUUCAUUGACAUUCAUAAUCAACUGUUUUACAAUGUAGGGUCCCGUAACUGUUUGAAGGCUGCCUCGCAUGCAGAAAUGCAACUUGCAAGCAACCCAUCAAACUUCAAACCCAGUUACCCAGUAACUGCACCUUUGUAAAACACCAUGGAUGUCAAUGCCAGUUAUCACCUAGCUAGCUAGACAUUGCAGUCUUGUAAAAUCGCUCUUUAUUAAAACGUUGCUAUUUUCAAUACGUGUUCGAAUGCUCGCUCCUUUUUCAUACUAUGCCAGCAGCAUCACGGGAGGUUGUGAUUGAAAGUCAAAGUACUGUACUAUGUGUUUGGUCUGGUCAACAUUGUGUGGUGUUUUUAACGUGUUUGCCCAGUCUUGUCCCCGUCUGUUGUCAUCAACUGGACUUAUUCUUUCCCAGUCAUCCUCUCAAAGCACAGGCUGGUUUCCUGAAACCAGGCUUGGAUUCACCGGAAGCUUCAACUUUAUUUUUGAGACAAUUUCGGCAUUACCAGGCCCAGAAAGUGUACAGACUUGGACGGGAGUUUAGAGAUCUAUGGCAUCUUUAUUUUAACCUCACUGCAGAGGGGUAAAAAAAAAAUUUGGUUUCCCCAUUUCUGUCAGCCAUGUCUCUGUACACUUUAUUUGUUGUACCUCAGUUUAAUUAUCCUUAAUUUUAACCUACUAAAGUCAAUAAUAGUAAGAGCCACAGCAUAAAAGCUAUAAAGCAAAACUAAAAGUUGUAGUUUCUAAAUCUGGGGUUGGAUUUCCUAAAAACAUUCUCAGACUAGUUUCUCAGACUUUGAGAAAACCCGCUUCAUCAGUUGAGUCUGUCCAGGGAAGUAUUUCUCUCUUACAUUGAAGUCUGAUGAAAAGGACUGAAGCAGCCCCAGUAUCUACGUAAACUAUCAACGCACACAAUACUUCUACCUGCACUCUAACUUUACAAAAAGGACAUCGGAGGUUAGCUUCUAGUUUUAUCCACAGUGGAACACUCCCAACACCAUUAUCAGCCGUCUGUCUACAGAAUAAAGACCGUUGUAUUCACCACUGAAGCUGCUUCACAGACUAAUCUGGCGGCUGGAAACCAGACUUGCGUGUUCGAGUAGAAACUGCAUUCCCGCGUUUUGCCAGUGAAAAGGCGCACGACGUCUUUGCGGUUUCACGCUCGAUCCUUCGUCCAUUUAGGUGCAUAGGCCUCCUCACAUUACCUCAGUAUACCCUCAGCAUUGUGUAUACUGCAUUCACUCCACUCACCCCGUGCUCUAGUGUCCAUCUGUAAACUGUUCAUUGUUGUUGAGGGCAUGAAUCUCAGCAGUGUCCAUGAAAUGUCUUGUAAGCAGGGAAUGAGGUUCCAUACAUUCAAUGUCUUCUCAUUUUAUUUUUUUGUAAUAAACAGGUUUGGAUUGUUAUCAAAUUGUUUUUUUUAUUUUAAAAGCAUAGGUUGAUGUUUUAAGAAAAUGGAAUAAAACGUCAUCUGAUGCUGA